AUGCCGGCCAUGGUCCACAGGCAAGCCCCCAAAAACAGCAAGCUUGCCGAUGGGGUCCCGGGAUUUCAGACAUCUUUCGACGCGUCCGGCAAAGGUGGUGGUGCUUUCCGUUCUAUCAGCGAGAAUUUUGCCGUCAAUCCUGCCAAUGGUACUCUCUCAUUAGCAUUGCCGAUUUUGAGUUCACCUACUAGAGGGGGAUUUGGGCCGAAUCUCAGUCUGUCAUAUAGUUCUGGGUCGGGAAAUGGGCCGCUCGGCUUUGGAUGGGGCAUCGAUCUUGCUUCUAUUUCAUGCAAGACAAGUGGCGGGAUCCCAAAGUACACUGAUGGUGACGUGUUUGUGCUUUCCGGUCAAGACAUUGUGCCUGUACUUGACGAGCUAGGGAAGAUACAAGUGCGAACCGAUGGCAAUUAUGUCGUUACCAGAUUCCGACUGCGGAUCGACAGCCAAUCGCUUCGUGUCGAAAAAUGGUACUCAUCAGUCUCUGGCGUCGUCCAUUGGAGAACAAUUUCUGCCGACAAUGUAACGUCCAUUUUUGGUGAUAGCAGCAACUCGUGUAUUGCCGAUUCCUCAGCAAGCCCACCAAAGAUCUUCAGCUGGCUUUUGAGUCGUACUUAUGAUGCUCGAGGAAAUGCAGUCGAACUCAGCUACAAGGCCGAAAAUGACUAUGGCCUAAGGGAUGAGAGUGGUUUCCUGCCAAUCUGGGAGCAGUAUCGUUCUGAGGCAUCAAGAUCUCGGCAUCGUUAUCUAAAACGUGUGAAGUACGGAAAUCGAAUCUCAAAUCGAGAUCUGACAUCUUGGGAACCAACAACGUGGCCCUCUGACUGGAUGUUUGAGAUUGUAUUCGACUACGGAGACCACGACAUGGAUGUGCCAGCAACUAAAGAUCUGGACAAGUGGUCACUACGCCAAGACCCUUUCUCUGAUUGUCAUGCAGGCUUCGAAGUACGGCAGUAUAGAUUGUUACGUCGAAUCUUAAUGUUCCAUCACUUCCCUGGCCCAUUCAAUCUCUCUGAAAACCUUGUAUCCGCUCAAAUACUCCACUACGACGAAUCGUCUCAACGGACGCUCUUGGUCGGCAUGAAUAAAAUUGGUUAUGCGUUGACUGAUGGGUCCAGAGCGGCAGGAAUUCCCCAAUACAAGACUGAAGAGUUACCCACGUGGAAGUUUGGAUAUACUGCGGGACCAAACGUCGAAGAGCUUCAGUCUUUACGAACAGAUACUGUCACACUUGUAAAUCCACCGGGCGACUCGAAAGUCAGUGAGUGGCUGGAUCUUGAGAGCGCGGGCAUUCCCGGUCUACUGAACACGCUUCCUGAUGGUACAAUGAUAUAUCAACCGCGUACAUACAAUGGAUUCAGCCCGCCUAGAACGCUCGGUCAACAACCAAGCUUAGGUCGAACGGGAAAGACGACAUUUCAAGAUCUUGAUGGAAGCGGAAAUCUUGACCUGGUAUAUAUGCAAGACUCGCAGGUUGUAAAAGGCUUCUACGAGCGUGAUGAUAGCGAUUCCUGGAGCACAUUCUCUGACUUUCCAGACACGCCCACUGGAGAGACCCAGCAUGGCUCUUCUUAUUCAAUCGAUUUGACAGGCGAUGGCAUUGCAGAUAUGCUCGUGGAGUUGACAGGCUCACACGAGCUCACGUGGAAACAAAACCUAGGGAGGAAGGGCUACACAUCGUCAUUACCGACAUCAAGCUCAGAUCAACUACUGAAACCUAGGGUUGCAUUGUCUUUGGAAGCGCGGACAUAUGUUGCAGACCUCACAGGCGAUGGCCUGUCAGACCUGGUUGAAAUCAGCAAUGGAAAAAUCAUAUACUGGCAGAAUCAAGGCCAUGGCACUUUUGGCGGGGCUGUUGUCAUGGGGAACUCUCCAAAUUUCUCGCAAUACGGAGAGUUUGACCACGAUCGCUUGAGAUUGAUUGACGUGGAUGGAACGGGGACCACUGACCUUCUCUACAUCCUCCCCAUAGGAGGGGCAGUGCUAUUUUUCAACCUCGCGGGCAAUUCUUGGGGUAAUGCAAUUCGCAUUCCAAAGCUACCUAAUAUCACGGACCUGGAUUCCAUAUUUGUGCUUGACAUUGAGGGUCGUGGCACUGCGAGCCUUUGCUGGCCCGAUACAUAUGCAUCCUCGAGUCUAAACGAGAUUAGAUACAUCAAUCUGAUGGGGAAGAUCAAGCCUUUCCUUUUAGAGUCGUACAGUAAUGGCUUAGGUCAUUCAACGUCUGUCACUUAUCGACCAUCUACUGAAUUUUAUCUCGACGAUAUCGCUGCAGGACGACCAUGGACCACGAAGUUACCUUUCCCCGUGCACGUGAUAUCUACAACGGAAACGAAGGAUGAAAUCUCGGGAAACUCACGACUUUGCAAAUACAUCUACCACAAUGGCUGCUAUGAUAACUAUGAUAGUCAGUUCGCUGGAUUUGAGAUGGUCGAGCAGAUCGAACGCCAAAUACUCAAUGUAGGAAACGGAGAGACUUACGAAACCCCAGCCAGUCUUGUAAAGUCAUGGUUCAAUGUUGGGUUGAGCAUCAGUGUUGACGACAGUUUGUUCUACGAUUCUUCAUUAAUGACUUCCAAAUGCUUCAAGAUCGAGGACCUAGACACUUGCAAUCCGUUUGUUGGAUUGAGAGGAUCGAAAAUCCGUGUCGAAACCUUCGAUCUCAGUCAAAGCGAAGAAAGUGGUAUUCCAUUGGCCGUGGAGGAAUUCUCUUAUGACAUCCGCCAAAUCCAGAAAAAGGGGCGCAAUGCGUAUCCUGUCUUCCAAGUCUCACCGCGGGCUUCGAUGAUGAGUCAAUUGGAGGGAAGCAAAGAGGACGUCAAACGGUCACAUGAUAUUGUGCUGCAGACUAAUGUAUAUGGAAGUGUACAAAAGACACUUUCUAUUGUGUAUCCACGCGAACAGGAAUUCGUCAAGAAAAUCAAAUAUGACGACGUCUCCAUGAACCAGUCCCUGGGCAAUGUAUCUCACACCCAGUUCUGGUUCACAAAUGAAGUCAUGGAAGAUCAAUACUUUCGUAACCCAGUGCCCUGGCGUAGUCAAACUCACAACCUUAUUGGAAUUUCUCUUGAUAAGAUACUAGACGUUGAAGAAGCUCGCAAGAUGGAUGUGUCGACAUAUCCAGAGAGUAAGAGCACGGGGCCUUGGAAAAUUCUAGAGAACGAGGAACGCGCACUUUAUUUGCGCGGUGAUUUCAGCGAUACCUUGCCUCCAGGAGAAAUCGAGAGAUAUUCAAUCUUGGACCAAUCAUUCGCCUUGGCAUACACUGAGAAGGCGGUGCAAAAGAUCGAAGAAGGUCUGCAAAAGUGCAAUACUAGACUAAAACCACUACCUAUUCUUCAUGAUGGCAGCUACCAACCUGCCGCCACGGAGACCGUAUCAGUAGCAGACUAUCUUGAGUCGCAGGGGUAUGUGAAGAUGGCUUAUGAGACUGGUAUAUCUUAUUGGGCUCCCUCGUCGAAGUCUCUUUUCAGCCUUUCAGCAACAGGUUUGGAGCAUUUGCAUGAAGCUCGAAAAUCAUUCUUCGUCCCGACGAUCCACGAAGAUGCACGCAAAAAUCGCUCUCGUGUCAAAAUGGACACCGAGUACCUCUUAGUCGAGGCUGUGACGGAUGCAUGCGGCAAUACCACAAGUUUCGAAAACGAUUAUGAGCAUCUCUGCCCGUUCAAGCUUACAGACAUAAACGAAAAUCGUCAUCAAGUUGUGCUCGACACUUUGGGCAGAGUGGUCGCAACCGCCAAUCUGGGCAAGAAAGGCCAAUCGGCAGGUGUGGACCGGCUUGAUAGGUUACCAAUGGAGAUAAGUGAAGCCGAUAUAAAGAACAUCAUAGUCACUCUGCAAGAUGCAACGGUGAAGCGGUUGCUUGGCGAUGCAGGUUCUCGAAUCAUUCACCUUCCCAACCACUUAACAUCUUGGAAUUGGGGUGGAGCUGCUGCAGGAGAGACUCAGCCGGCAUGCUCUAUUGAGAUAACUCGCGAUCGAUCAUACCAGGAUGAAGGCGAAAUGACUGUCCGUAUCAAGGUUGUCUAUUUGAAUGGCCUCGGCCAGGUGUGCCAGCAAUUCGCGCUGGACGAUCCUUCCAAUCCCACACAAGCAUGGGUUAAGGCUGGAAGCAAGAUGACUGAUAUGCAUGGCAAGGAAUUUCGCGCAUACGACCCAACAUUCGCAGCCUCUCCUAUCUUCAUUCCGCCAUCAUUAAUCAUCGGAAACGCGCAAACCACGUUCCGUGAUGCAGUUGGGCGUGAAAUCAGUGUGCUGAUGCCUGAUCAUCUAUGGUCAAAACGCAAGAUUGAUGCGUGGUCUGCCACUGAAUACGCCGCAGGAGAUAUGCUAAGUAAAAACCCACUAGAGGACGAAGCUCUUGGUCCUUUCUUCUCAAAGCUCGAAUCAUCCUGGUUCACUCCGAGCUGGCUGGACGCACAACGCUGGGGGACACCGGAACAGCAAGAGGCCGCGGCCAAGUCUCAAGCAUACGGCGAUGGCCCUACCACUACAUACUCUGGCAGCUGUGGUUUACCAUUGAGGCAAGUAAGAGAUUGCGGCGAGACAUUGGUCUCACGAGCGUUCUCACACGACGUUGCUGGCAACAAAAUUUGUGAGUUUGACAGCACGAUUCGUCUGGUUGAAAGAAAUAGGUAUGAUUUGUUGAAGCGACCAUAUUUGAAAAGUGGCAUUGAUAGUAGAGAGUCUUGGGCCUUGUACGACGUUGAUGGCGUGACCCUGGUGUCAUGGAAUAGUCGAGGAAUUUGCUUCCACUACACAUACGAUGCGCUGCGGCGCCAGACUGAGAAAUGGCAAUACUCGAGCGCUGAAUCACCAAAGCUGCUUGUCAAAAGCGAAUACGGAGAUGAACUUGAGGAAGCCUCAACAUGGAAUCUCCACGGACAACUAUGGAGAGUCUUUGACCAGUCCGGAGUUCACGAAACACAUGAAAUCAAUCAUCGAGGCCAAAUCUGCGAAGUAUCGUUUCAGCCAGCACAGAACUACAAAACAACACUUGACUGGAAAACCGAAAAUGCCCUGGAGGAAACAGCCCUCGUGCAUAAAGUGAAGUAUGACUACUUUGGUCAUAAUGUGCAAGAAACAAAUCCACUCGGCACUGGACAAAGCACUCAGCGCAAGUUCUCUCGCCUGGGCCAUUUGAAGUACGUGGGAUUCCGCAGAUCUCCGGGCUCCAAAUGGAAUGGAUACCUCAUAGACAGUAAAUACGCUGCGGAUGGUCUUCCACUUCUGUUUGAGUACGGUAAUGGAACGCGGACAGAGACACUCUAUGAUCCGGUUACGCGCCUACCUAGCUCUGAGAGGACAGUCUUGCACCGUGGAAAUCGGAAGUCUGUGAUAGAGAACUUCAAAUACUUUUAUGAUUGUUACGACCGACAAGUCCUUGUCCGAGAUGAGUCUGAACAGAUCAAAUUUUUCAGGGGUGAUGCAAUCAAAGCCGAGUGGAAGUACACGUACGAUAUGCAGGGCCAAAUCAUAUCCGCCUCAGGUAGAGGCCAAUUACCAGCGCAAAGUGGCGGAGACGUCCAACUCAGCCAACACGCGGCAAUGCAAGGCGCAUCUACGAAUCGCAGUCAGAUCGAUGGCAAUCAGAUGUAUCAUUACCUGGAAAGUUACAAGUACGACCUGGCUGGGAAUAUCACCAGUAUGACGCACGAGGCACCUAUGGAUAAGAAGGUGCAAGGCUGGACUCGCAAGUAUUUUUACAAUGAACCCGGCUUGCUAGGUACUGAUCAAAAGUCCCUUGGGAACAGGCUCAGUAAAACUGUUGUCGGUUCUAGUGAGGAAGUUUAUGGUUACGGGGUGAGGGAAGCUGACGGGGAUGAUCAAAAUGCAGGAAAGGUGGGUUGCAUGACCAGUCUACCGCAGUUUUCGAGAAUCAGCUGGAACAGUGAAAAUAUGAUGGCAUCCUCUUCAACACAACAUGUCAACAGUGGAGUUCCAGAGGCGACGUACUACGUGUACGAUUAUACUGGCACCAGAGUACGCAAGGUCACUGAAAGCUCAGCCCGCGAGGGCCAAAACCCACGGAAGAUCCGCGACACAAAAUUUAUCCAUGGUGGAGAGAUUCGAGACCAAAUCAGCACAAACAACGGUGUCACCCGCCGCUAUGUCACAAACGUGUCCGGCGACGACUUGAUUGCCUUGGUGGAGACGACGGGCGAGAACGCCGAUGGAGACGAUUUGCUUAUUCGUUACCAAAUUGGACACAGCACGGAGCUGGAUGAUCAAGGACAGUUGAUUUCAUAUGAGGAGUACACGCCUUUCGGAGUGCCCAUGUACUCAUCAACUAUGGGCGAGAUCGAAGCACCGCGUGCAUAUAGAUUUGCCAAAUACAUGUACGACCAAGAGUCUGGGUUGUACCAGUGCGGCGCCCGCAAAUACUGUCCAUGGCUUGGCCGCUGGCUAUCUCCAGAUCCUCUCGGAACAGUAGAUGGACCCAACACAUAUGCUUAUUGCGCCAACGAUCCAGUGAACAUGAUCGAUCCCGGCGGCAAGUGUAGUGGCUUUAUAACAAAGAUCAAGAACAAGAUGUUCGGAGAAGACAAGCCCGUUAAGAUCAAACCAGAGCGCCGGGACGCAGUUACUAAAAUAGAUUGGGAAUCACCCAAAGCGAUAAUCGAACUUAAUAAGGAGAUCAACGCCAUCCAGAAGAGGGCCAAAGGACCCAUCCAGGGCUACGUUGAAAACAACGGUGGCGUCAAACGCCUCGUCCUUCGUACAGUGGCAAAGGGAGGCAUGGAAGCAGUCAACUACCUCCCCUUCGUCGGUCCCGUCAUUCAAUUCGCCAUCAAGCAUGGCCUGGCCCAUGAAGAAAGGAAUUUCCAACAACAGAGACGUGACAGGGAGGAUGAAGCACUCAUUCAGCAAGGCAUCGAAAUCGGACGCCAGCAGGAAAGCGACAGGUGGGUAGCGGGCCUACAGCACAUAGAGAGCACUGUCACAGACGCAAAUCUCAGGCAUGCCCUUGGUAAUACAAUCAUGUACGGCCCCAACACUCAACCGCCGCCGCGUCUGAACGAAAAUAUGAAUUACGGGCCUGACGAGUCGUCGAAUCAGUCAGUGCGCCGUGACUCGGUCGUUGAGCCAGUUGAACCGGAGGCCGAGGACAGCAUGGUUGUGGAGAACUUGGAUGUGCCCAGUCAAGCGCGUCAUGUAAAUGUUGCGUCGGAGGAUGAUGGGCACGUCUUCAAUCUCAGCGCUGCGGCAAGACGGGAGCCGUUGAGCUCGAGGGCGCAAAGUCUGUUUGGGUCGAGGCGGAAUCCGGGGAACAAUGUUAUGAUGAACUAG